AUGCGUCCUUUUAUAAUCACCUUUCUUGUGGGGUUCAUUGGUUUGGUGUCCGCGUCCACGGUGUCUGCACGACAAUAUUGUGGCCCAGAAUAUGAAAUGUGUGUUGCACGAGGCUCCAGUUCAGUUUCCCCUCCUUCCAUUGGUCCAGACAUGCGAAAACUCUUCGUCUCCGUGAUAGAGUCGGUUGAUGUUACAAAUCCAUGGAAGAGAGGAACGACCAGGCGUGAUGAUGUAGUGCCGCGUGCCGAAUUGCCAGGCCUUUGCUGCAAGACUGGAAUGGAAUGCCGGCUCCUUAUAAACUAUCAUACAUCCUUCUGCUGGGAUCGAUUUACAACAAACUUCUACCUUAUCGAUGGCUCCUAUGGGAGUAUUCUGACUGGGAUUUACAACAAUUCUGGCGACAUUGUAGAUCUGAUCUCGGGAAAAUAUACACGCUCUAACGGCGAAACAGGAAAUAUCUACGCUGGCGACGAAGCCUCUAAACCUAAUACUAGUACAAUGGUGCUUCCUCCAGCUUGGACAAGCAAAGGUGUCGGAACUGCCAUUCCAGGGAGCGAGUUGGGAGGUGGAGCUACAUACACAACCACCAUCCCCGACACUACCAAGGGACCUGGGACUAUUCCGCUGUCAACACCUCCAGCAACAAAUACGCUUACCACGACAGGGCCAGGUCCAAAUGCAACAAGAUCACCGUCAACGGCGACGGGGGAGAAGAUACCAACUAUCCCUGCAAUUAAAAGGACAUUCUGGCCUAUUUUGAUGUUUAUGGCGUUUGUGGGUUUGUAG